UUAAUUCUUGACCGUCGAACUCAACAAGUGGCAAAGGACUUUCCUUUAUAUUAUAGCUAUAAGCAUCAAUGUAUACACGUUAAAAGUUAUUUCCCACAUAAUAUAGAAUAUUUUGCUGCCUCCAUUGAAAUUGAAGGUAUAUCAGAAAUUUCUUCCUUUUGCUACAUUCUGACGACAAUUUACAAAAAAACAAAUUUGACAAAACGAUUACAGAUGAUGUGGCGAAGAACGACCGUAGCAAAUUUUCAUAUAUUUUCCCAUCAAAUUAAGCUGAUUUUUUAGAAGAAAGUUAAAGAGAAUUUGCUUAGAAGAGUAAUACAUAAAAAGUGUUGUAUUCGAUAAAAACAAUGCAAAAUGUUUGGCAGACGAAAAUGCUCGGCAAUGAACUCUGCAUUAAUUUUUCUGGGCGUCUGCAGCAUUCUCCUGCCUACAAAUUGGGUAGUAGAGGGUCUUUCUGACUUUCGGCUUUGUGCGGAUCCACAAUGUCAAAGCAUUAUAUCUCAGGGAACUGGUAAGAUCACAUAUCGUGCAGGGCAAGAGGGGAUGGUGUCUUUUAAAAUUAACUCUAAAAUUCGAAUUAAGUCGAAAAGUGCUGGUAAAGAUCCUAGCCUUUGGGGUAUUGAUGUAAAUGGACGGGAAGGUUACGCACCAAAGGAGUAUAUUUUGGAAGAAAGAGUGAUAGUGAAAGAUAAGGACUUAUUAUAUACUGUACCCGUUAUUUUAACUGGUUCACAAACAAUAUCUUCAACUACACCACCAACACCAGCUGCAGUGCUAAAACCUUCAGAAAAUAUUCCAAUAAAAAAAGAAGAUGUGGAGAUAACCACCACAGCACCAUUAUUGCCACAGUUGGAAAUUGAAAAUUCAAUUCCUCUAACAAGUCGAGAUAGGGAAUCUACUAAGGAAGACAUAAGGCAAGCGACACCUGUGCAAUCUGAUAUUGAAAUUAUUGAUGGCACAGAAAUACCGGUUUUGGAAAAAGUGACGGAAAAAGAAAAUUAUUUCCUGCAAACCAGUUUAAAUUCUGAUAACCCUGAGAUAUCAGAAAAACAACCAUUUGAAAACAGCAGCGAAACAACAGAGGUUAAAGAGCAAGUGAAUAAACCUGAACCAAUAAUUAAUAAUACUGUUCAAGAACAGAAUACUUCAAUAAUUGAAGAAACAAAAGACAUAGAAAGAGGGUUACCUACAUUAGGAAUCGCAGAUGAUGAUGACAAUGUUGAAGAUGAAGAGGAUGAGGGGGAAGACUAUAGCGAAGAAGAAGAAGAUGAUCCCAUAAUGGGUAAAAAUGAUGAAGAGAAAUUAAAUUCGCUGGACAAAGAAAGUGAUUUUUUGAAUGUCAAAAAUUUCAAUGAAACCGAUGCAGAAAAUAAGCCAGAGGAUUCCUCAGAAAAAGAGAAAUCAAACUUACAUAUAAGUGAUCGCAACGAAACGCAUAAAAUUGAGGAAAAGCCUUCCAUCGAAUCAUCGGCCGAUAAUAUAACUGUCAUAAAUGAGACAAUCGACACAGAAACUGCAACGGAGAAGUCAGUUACCGAAUCUGUUACUUUGCCACAAAAACAGUUACUCAUACCGCAAGUAGAUCUCGCUGAAGAGUUUUCGGAAAGUGCAACUUCGAAUGAAACUGGUAAAGAAGUUCCUAGUGAAUUAAGUGAAAGGCUACCAGUUCCUAACACAUUGGCAGAGACUAUACCUCUUGAAACCGAGUUACAACCUAACGUUUCUAUAGAAGAUACAACCCAAUCGACGCCUGUAACUACGGCCGAGGAAAAAGUUGAUGACAAUGCAUCAAGUGCUGAACAUAAUGUGCCUACUUUACAAAUAUUCAAAACACCAACUCAAUAUCAACCUCAGCUUAAGUACAAACAGGAACAACUAGAACACAAACAUGUCCAUACGCACUCAGAGGAUCAACAGCAUACACAUCAGCAUCAUCCACAAGAUCAAAACCAUCAUCUAGAUCCGAGUACGCAGCAAAAUAAUAUUCCUGAAGCGUCGGAAGAAAUUACAACAAAGGCUGUGGAUGUAGAUGCAAGUCAACGGUCUGGAGACGAAGAACUGCAUACACCCUAUUACCCCAAACCCAUCGAUGAACAAAUUUUCAACCAGCCACCACUCGGCGCAUAUUCCUACGAAACGGUUACAGAAUCAUCGACAAGUGAAGUGAAAUCCGAGCAAUUAGAUACGGUAACACCUACAUUUAGUGAUGUUGAGCAAAGCAACGAAGUCAACGAUGCAUCUGAUGAAGACAUCGUAUCAAUAAAAAGAGAUAAAAUUUUCGAAGAGGAAACCACAUCCACACCCGCUGAGGAAAAUAGUAAAAACGGUGAUGUAAAUGUCGGCGCGGUAGAGGAAAACUUGUCACAUACAACGCCAGUUCCAUUAGGUGUUGAUACGGUAGAGAAACCAGUACCACAUUCAACACCAAUACCAGUUGAAGAAUAUGAAACAACAACAUCUGCGCCACGUCCAUCAAUAGAAGAAGAUAGAAUAGAGUAUGAAACGAAAGCAAAAACAUCUGUGCCACUGCAGCCAGUUGAAGAAUAUGAAAGAACAACAACAACAUCUGUGCCACUGCCGCCAGUUGAAGAACAUAGUCUGCCAGAGCAAGAAACAAAGGAGAAGGAACAGGGCCUAUUCGCUACUAUACUCGGCACUGUCAAUAAUUUCUUGUCGAAUGGCAAAAAGGAUGAUGUUAGCGCAGAGGAUGAGGAAUUGCAACGCAUACUCUAUCCUGAUCGAGCCAAAACAAAUAAAAAAUCAAAGGAGUCCGAUGCUGAGUAUUGUGAGAAGCUUUCACCAAACGAUUGUCCAUCACAAGUCUUGCGUGAACUAAAUAAUGCCGCUACAUCGUCUUCAUCAAUAGCUGGCUGUCAGUUGGAUCUAAAUAAUAUGUCCAUGGAUAUGUUGUUGACCGUGGCUGGUAAUAAAAUGUUUGAAAUGAGUGAAUUAUUGGCCUGCCUGGCGACAGUCGCGGUCACGUGCCUUUUCUUUUUGUUCGUGUAUUAUUGUUUCUGCAAUAGCAGUCGCGAAGGCGAACUGUUGGCCAGAUUGAAUGCGUUGGAGCGCAGCUUGCUGGCGACACACAAAGAAAAUGCUAUACUCAAAGAAGAUUUAAUGGGUACACGUAACAAAUUGUCGAGUAUUGAAGAUAAUUCCUUCGGUUCAAACGAUAUGGUUAUAGCGUUGAAGCAGGAAUUGGAGGACGAACUACUGGAAAAACGUCAAUUGCAAGAUCAAGUUGGGAGUUUAGAAAAGGAACUAGAAAAUGCAGCCGAAGCCGGACUGGAGUUGAAUAAAAUUGUUUCAGAGCUAUUGAACAAUCAGACCGGCGACGAAUCUAUUAUUAGCAGCGUUGAAGAAUUGCAAAAGCAGUUGAACGAACAACAAAAAACUAUUCUCGAUAUAAACGCUAAUUUGGCCGAGAAAAGCCGGGAAAAUAGCGAACUACAGCUUAUGAUUGCGGAGCAGAAUGCGCGUCUUAGCGGUGAAAUUGCAUCGCUGCAACAAGAUAACGACGAGCUCGAAGUGGAAAAGAGUAAUUUACAAACACGUUUGGAGGAAACGAAGAGAGAGUUUGAAGAAGACAUCACUAAGGCGCUGGAAGGCAAGAACUUUGAGAUAAAACGUUUACAAAGUGAAUUAGUUGAGAUGAGUACAAAACUCGAGGCGGAACACACGAAGUAUCAGACGAGUUUGGCAAAAGUAGAGGCUUUAGAGGAGUGUUUGCGUACAGUACGUAGGGAUCCCAGCGUGAAUAUAAAUAACGUUAUUGACGUUGCUAACGUAAGAGCUGAGCUAUUGGAUGUGCAAAAGCGGUACGCUGCCCUAAAAGAUCGUUUAGAUACAGAAACGGAUGCCAAAAAGUUGUUCGAACAGCAAUUACAGCUUUCUAACAAUGAAAAUGAGAAAUUGAAACACGAUUUCCAUCAAUCGGAAAAGGAUAAAUUAGAGGCGCAGACGCGUUUGGAAGUGUUGUCCAACUACUUCAAGGAGAAGGAAACGCAGCUGCAAAAAGAACUAAGUCUGAAAGAAGCCAUGUGGCUGAAGCAACAAGGUGAAACCACUAGCACCGUGGAUCGUGUUACCACAAUGCAACAGGAAAUUCAAGCAUUAAAAUCACAAAAUGAUGCCCUACGCGCUGAAAUUGAAGCUCAACUAGCAGCACACAAAGCGCAAACGGGUACUUUGGAGAAUCGCGCACAUGAAACAUGGCUAGCGGCACGACAAUCAGAACGUCGUUAUGAGGAGGCGCGCGCCGAAGCCACAGCGCUGCGUCGUAAGCUCACUUCCUUGGCUGGGGGCGCGACUGGUGAAGCUAAUUUUGAAAAAAUGGCUGCUGGUGAGUUAAAUAAUGCGAAUUCUCCCAUACAUAUGGAAUCGCCCGGUUCGCCGUUAUUAGGUAGACUGCCACCACCGCCAUUCCUGCCACCACCAUUCAUGGGCCCACCGCCACCUUUUAUGGGCAUGCCACCGCCAUUUGUGCCACCAGGAGAAAUGCGUCCACCGCCACUUGGACGUCUAAUGUCGCCACCACCGGGUGCUGUCAGCGGCGGCAGUGGGCAUUUACCACCACCACGCAGCAGCCGUUAUUCGCCUAACCGUACUGAUUAUGACGCUUAUGAUGACGAUGAGGACGAGGAUGAUUAUGUGGAUGACGAAGAGGAUGAAGACGAGGAAGAGCAGCGUAUGCGUCAACAUCAUCGCCGACGUGGUAGCGAUAUAAAUGGCAGUUGGCAUCGUGACGACUCAUAUUCACCACCGCCGCGUGCAUAUCGUUCACAAUCGCCCACAGAUAGUCGUUACAAUUACAACACUGAACGUGAUCUCAUCUCGACAUACGAUACCGAAACCGAUUUCGAACCAUCACCAUCACCAAGAAAACACGAACGACGCGGUGCACGAGGCUCACGUGCCGGCAGCUACCGAGGCUACUCACCACUGCCAAGUGCCUCCUCACCGUUGAACGUAUCUUCCAACAGUAAUGCAGGCAGAAAGCAAACCACCUCGGCAUUUAGUAAAGAAUUCACUUCAAUCAACAUUUCAAGAAUUGAAAAAGCUAUAAGAGGCCAUAUGAGUUCCGGUUCAGAGAAGUCCUACAAUGCACCACCACCACCACGACAUGGUGGCAAAAAGAAUAGCAAGUCGGCGGUGUAAGUGGUUUAUGGGAGCGUGUGCGUCGCACGUGUAUGCAACAGCUUACCAAUGGAGUUCAAAUGUUUACUUGGCUAAGAGUGGGAGAUUAAUAUACUAAAUAAUACUAACAUGUAGUUAAAUUAAUUGUUAUACAUAUACUUAACGGUGAAAAAGAUAAAAGCGAGCAACAUUAGAAUACCAACAACACGAAGUAACAGCGAGAAGAACACAGCAAAACCACUAUAUAUCCACACCAUACAUACCUACGUACUCGUAUGCGCAUCACAUGAGUACAUACAUACAUACAUGCAAAAUUUUGCCAACGAGAUUCCAUAUUACAUGCCAAAAAUUACGUAUUAACAGCAUUUCACUUAUGCACUUUUUAGCCCCAAAUUAGCUGCGAACAAAAAUCAUAGAAACUCUUUCUUUUUUCUGCAAAAGUUUUUGUUGAUUAAUAAAAAUUUACUUCCUAAACUAAAUGUUUGCCAAAAGUUGGAUUUAGUCACCAGCGCUGUGAUGUGCACUUUAACGACGUCAGCAAGCAUUUGUUGUAGUAGUGCUGCGCUCACGAAUGAACUACCAAAUGACGUUAGAGAACUUGAAAUGCUUUUUUUUUAUCUUGUGUAUAUGUAAUUAAGUCUAUGUUGUUAACAUAUGUUUAUGAGAGUAGUAUUUUAUUAAUUGAGUCCUGUAAAAAAUUCAUCGCAAUAGAAGGAACUGAAUAUCUGAUAAACGAAAAGUAAAAUAAAUACUUAAAUCAUAAAAUCGAA